UCAUGUUGUGACGUCGCGCCAGGGAACUACGAGAACCAAUCAGCAAGGGCAAAAAAGUAGACUCUUGCAGCUUUACGAUUCGCAGUUUUCUGAACUUUGACAUACAACGGACACAUUGCUUUUCAAGACCGCAGGAUUCAACAUUGUGAUUGUGAACGUGAUCUUUGAUUUUUCAAGUAAUUUUUCUUGGUUAAGCUUCAAGUAAGGCUUUGGAAUAUCCGUUGAACUAAUCAUAUUGACAUUGAACUUAUGAAAUCUCUGUUGUGUGUCACCAGUAUUUUCCUCGUGGUUCUCGCGCCUGGAACACUCGAAAUAUAUGCAUUCCAACCGUCCAGCGCAGUGGCUACAGUCGCUGACACCAGCACCCUGACAGCAAGCUACUCACCUCAGGGAAUCAGUCUGACACCUAGGUGUCUAUGGCAGUCUUUGUUCAAGAAGAAGAAGAAAAAAAAACAGGAAGCCAAAAAAACAAAAGACUUGCUUGAAUUUAAUGGUCCCACCAGCAAUGGAAAAGGGGUGCCUUACCCAUUAACACCACCCCAAAAUUCGCCGAACAAAAGAGGGAAAAAAAAGGGUCGCAAAAGUAGAAUGUCACCUAACAGGCCAUCUCAAGGAAGUGGGCAAGGAUAGGACCACGCACGGAAA